GUUGACAGUACGCGCACUUACGUUAAUGACAGAGAAGUUAUAUUAGUUAAAAGUCGAUUUUGGUGCCUUGGUCAAACUCGGCAAUCAAACAACAGUGACGAUGGCCACCCGUUUCUCCACAUCCUCAUUGUCCUCUUUGAUCUUGAAGCUCUGCCUGGUUUAUCACGUCUUCGUCCGACUGCUUUUAACCUUGCUACACGACUUUCCAGACUACCAAAUUGGGUUCAUUCGCUCCGUCGCUGUCGUAUUGAACGUUUAUUGAGAAGAAAAAUCCCCCCUCCCCAUAUUGACAAGGUACGUUUCCGAAAAUUUGUGUUGCUGAUUUGUGACCACAAAUCUCGUCUGUCUUGCAAGAAGGCAACUCCACAAUCCCGCAGCAUUAUGCAGGCGGUUUGUGAUGCUGAUGGGCCUACAGCGCGGGCGUUUCUCAUGCAAGACGCCUAGACCAAAACCGCUCUACUUAGGCUCAGUAGGGGCCUGCAUUCCUCUCCAGCGCGACAGAGCUGAUUUGUGUACGUCAGAAAUUUCGUUGUGAUAUGGGGAGGGGGGAUUUUUCCUUUUGAUAACGUUUUCUGCUUUUUCAUCAACGCGGCGUUUGGGGUCACACCGAGAAUCUUGGCGGGAGCCGGAGCAGGUUCAGUCGCGAAGAACAAGACAAGUAGUAGAACCCGUGCCAGUGACGGGGAUCAUCAAGAUGUCGAGGUGAUGGGACGAGCGCCAGAACUGAGCGGACUUGCUCCUGUUGCUGGUGUACAAGAAAUAAAACCUGCAGGUCGGCAGGCAAGCGUAGGCGACCUCGAGGUCGAUCCACCAAAUGCAGAGGACUGCACUCGAAGUAUGGCCCGAAAGGAAAUUGUUGAAACAUUUGGCGAGAUGAAUGAAGAGGACGCUUCUGGCCUUGAAGAUGAUACUUCUCCACCAGCAGAAGAUGGUCCUCGUCAGCUACACGCAAAAAAAUUUUCACCAGACGUCGUUGAAAGCCUCCAACUUCUGGCACGAAUGGGCUUUGUGUUUUCGCAAGUUCUGUACGGUUUUGGCUGCGUGGGCUACUUUGUGUUUUUGUACACGAUGUUCGGCGAUCUAUUUUAUCCGGGCGACAAAUUGUAUCCGGUAGAUGGAAGAAGAACAACACAACUCUCUGCUGAAGAGUCGCCAAUGCAGCAGCUCCUAUCGACGGAUUCGCACGCAGCUUCAUCUUUGUCGCGAAUAAGCGGAGAAGCUCGUGAAGAAAACUUUGACUCCCUCUCCGUUCACGCGGCCCACCGAGCGGCGAAGCUAGUUGGGAUAGAGAAGUACUUUCAAACGUUUGCUUCGAUUUUCACCUGUUUAAGUGCGGUUUUUGGAGCCAUAAUUGCGGAUCUCAUGAUUGACGAAGUACAGGACCACCAAAGUGAUGCACAUUCGCAUGGUGAUUCAUUCGCUCGGAAAUUUUGUUUGGAAAGAGUAGUAAGAACGCUCUCUCUGCCGCAGGAUGAUAACACUGCGAAGAAAAAUAAGUAGAUGAAGGCCCUUUAGUAAGUAGGCAAUGUUGACGAUGCUGGCAAGUAGAACAUCAUGCAAGUAGAGCAAGAUGAAAGGUUUGGAGCCAAGUUUUUCCAGCCCCUGCUUCUUCAAGCGGUAGAUUUUCGUACUCCGGAUAUUUCUCCGAUCCACAUCCAAG